GAAGGUUUGAGUCAGCCACAUGAUGAUUGGCCUGAUUGUUGUCGCACUCCUGGGCGCUGCAGCUGCAGCUCCUACGGAUGACAGGAUCGUGGGUGGCUACGAGUGUACACACCACGGUCAACCCUGGCAGGUUUCUAUCAACCUCGGCUAUCACUACUGCGGCGGCUCCCUCAUCAACGACCAGUGGAUCGUCUCUGCUGCCCACUGCUGGCAAAACCCCUAUUCACUGAUGGCCAUCUUGGGUGACCACCACAUCUGGAUGCACGAGGGCACAGAGCAGUACAUGUCAGUGGAUGCCAUCUACUGGCACCAGAGCUACGACUACCAGACGCUAGACUAUGACAUCAUGCUGAUGAAGCUGGCUCACCCCGCCACCAUUAACCAGUACGUCAAGCCUGUCGCUCUGCCCAAGGCCUGCCCCGAACCCGGGACCAUGUGCACCGUGUCUGGAUGGGGAAACAUCUACUCUGAUUCUGUUUUCAACCCGUUCAACCUUCAGUGUGUCAAAGUCCCCAUUAUGUCUUACAAGGACUGUGAUGCUUCCUACCCCAACAUGAUCACUGACCGCAUGGUGUGCGCUGGAUUCCUGGAAGGAGGCAAGGAUGCUUGUCAGGGUGACUCUGGUGGUCCUCUGGUGUGUAAUGAUGAGCUGCACGGUAUCGUCUCUUGGGGCCAGGGCUGCGCUCUGCCCAACUUCCCGGGCGUUUACACCAAAGUCUGCUCUCUGAUGCCCUGGAUCGAGGAUAUUCUUGCCAGAUACACCUAGACUGUGAUCUCCCGUCACAGAAUGACGUGAGAGAAGGGAAACCAGAGGGAGAUUGAAAUUGAAGGAGACAGAGACAGAAGGCAGUGGUGGGUAGUGUCAAAAAGAGAGUCAGAGGGAAAGCUGAGAGAGAAAGAGAGACACGAGGAGAAACAGUGGGGGAGAGAGAGAAAAAGAGAUGUUGGAUGUGUUUUUGUCAGGGCACAAUCAAUAAAAUCCACCAUUUUGUGAUGCAUCAGUGUGUUUAUUAUUGUU